AUGGCCCUGCAGGCGGCGUUCCUACCUUCCGCUCUCUCCGUCCCCAAGAAGGGCGGCCUCGCCGCCGUGGUGAAGGACACGGCGUUCCUUAGCGUCCCCCAGAAGAAGCUGCAGGCGGCGUCGCUGUCGGUGCGAACGCAGGUGGCGACGGCGCCUGUGUCCACGCCGGGGUCCAGCACGGCGGCCAAGGACGGAAAGAAGACGGUGCGGCAGGGCGUGGUGGUGAUCACGGGCGCAUCGUCGGGGCUGGGCCUGGCGGCGGCCAAGGCGCUGGCGGAGACCGGCAAGUGGCACGUGGUGAUGGCGUGCCGCGACUUCCUCAAGGCGGCGAAGGCGGCCAAGGGCGCCGGCAUGGCGGACGGCAGCUACACCAUCAUGCACCUGGACCUGGCCUCCCUCGACAGCGUGCGGCAGUUCGUCGACAACUUCCGCCGCGCCGGGAUGCCGCUCGACUCGCUCGUCUGCAACGCUGCCAUCUACCGGCCCACGGCGCGGACGCCGACGUUCACGGCGGACGGGUACGAGAUGAGCGUGGGCGUCAACCACCUGGGCCACUUCCUCCUGGCGCGCCUGCUCCUCGACGACCUGCAGCGGUCCGACUACCCGUCCCGCCGCCUCAUCAUCCUCGGCUCCAUCACCGGCAACACCAACACGCUGGCCGGGAACAUCCCGCCCAAGGCCGGGCUGGGCGACCUCCGCGGCCUCGCCGGCGGGCUGCGCGGCCAGAACGGGUCCGCCAUGAUCGACGGCUCCGAGAGCUUUGACGGCGCCAAGGCGUACAAGGACAGCAAGAUCUGCAACAUGCUCACCAUGCAGGAGCUGCACCGGCGGUACCACGAGGAGAUGGGCAUCACGUUUGCGUCGCUCUACCCGGGCUGCAUCGCCACCACGGGGCUGUUCCGCGAGCACAUCCCGCUCUUCCGGCUGCUCUUCCCGCCGUUCCAGAAGUUCAUCACCAAGGGGUUCGUGUCGGAGGCGGAGUCCGGCAAGAGGCUGGCGCAGGUCGUCAGCGACCCCAGCCUCACCAAGUCGGGAGUGUACUGGAGCUGGAACAAGGACUCGGCGUCGUUCGAGAACCAGCUGUCGCAGGAGGCCAGCGACCCGGAGAAGGCCAGGAAGCUCUGGGAGAUCAGCGAGAAGCUCGUCGGGCUUGCCUGA